AUGGAGGCCCUCGCAGUGGCCGCUGCUCUCGGCUUCUUGAUCCUGGUCAGGUUGGACGGCUCGGCUGGGGAUGAGGCCCAGGAGGCAGCUGCCGUUCGGGCCCUUCUUGUCCGGCUGCUCGGACCCGGGCCGGCGGCUGACUUCUCGGUGACGGUGCAGCGCUCCCUGGCGGUCGAGUCCGGCCUGGACACUUACCGCCUGAGCGGCGGCGGCGCGGAGAAGCCGGUGCGGGUGGCGGGCUCCACGGGCGUGGCGGCCGCUGCGGGGCUGCACCGCUACCUGCGCGACUUCUGCGGCUGCCACGUGGCCUGGUCAGGCUCCCAGCUGCACCUGCCCCGGCCGCUGCCCUCAGUGCCCGAGGAGUUGGUCGAGGCCACGCCCAACAGGUACCGCUAUUACCAGAAUGUGUGCACACACAGCUAUUCCUUCGUGUGGUGGGACUGGGCCCGCUGGGAGCAAGAGAUCGACUGGAUGGCGCUGAAUGGCAUCAACCUGGCGCUGGCCUGGAAUGGCCAAGAGGCCAUCUGGCAGCGGGUGUACCUGGCCUUGGGCCUGAAUCAGUCAGAGAUCGAUGAGUACUUCGCUGGCCCCGCCUUCCUGGCCUGGGAGCGCAUGGGUAACCUGCACAGCUGGGGGGGACCCCUGCCCCACUCCUGGCACAUCAAGCAGCUUUACCUGCAACAUCGGAUUCUGGCCCGGAUGCGUUCGUUUGGCAUGAUUCCAGUAUUGCCUGCAUUUGCAGGGUACGUCCCCAAGGCUAUCACCAGGGUAUUCCCUCGGGUCAGUGUCAUCCAGAUGGGCAGCUGGGGACACUUCAACUGCUCCUACUCCUGUUCCUUCCUCUUGGCUGCGAAGGACCCCAUGUUCCCUGUCAUUGGGAACCUCUUCCUAAGGGAGCUGAUUAAAGAGUUUGGCACAGACCACAUCUACGGAGCUGACACAUUCAACGAGAUGCAGCCUCCCUCCUCGGAGCCCUCCUACCUUGCUGCAGCCACCUCUGCUGUCUAUGAGGCCAUGAUCACAGUGGACCCUGCCGCAGUGUGGUUGCUCCAGGGAUGGCUCUUCCAGCACCAGCCCGAGUUCUGGGGGCCUGCCCAGAUAGGGGCUGUUCUGGGGGCUGUGCCCUCUGGCCGCCUCCUGGUUCUUGACCUUUUUGCUGAGAUCCAGCCAGUGUACCUUCGCACAGCCUCCUUCCAAGGCCAGCCCUUCAUCUGGUGUAUGCUGCAUAACUUUGGGGGCAACCACGGCCUGUUCGGGACUGUGGAGUCUGUGAACCAAGGUCCCACGGAUGCCCGCCUCUUCCCCAACUCCACCAUUGUGGGCACAGGUAUGGCCCCUGAGGGCAUUGGCCAGAACGAAGUGGUCUACGCUCUCAUGGCUGAGCUGGGCUGGCGGAAGGACCCCAUACCAGAUUUGGGGGCCUGGGUGGCCAGUUUUGCCAGCCAGCGGUAUGGAGGCUCUCACCGUAAUGCAGAGGCAGCCUGGAGGCUCCUGCUCAGGAGUGUCUACAACUGCUCUGGUAAAGCCUGCAGUGGGCACAAUCGCAGCCCUCUGGUCAAGAGGCCGUCCCUGCGGAUGAACACCACAGUCUGGUAUAACCGAUCAGACGUAUUUGAGGCCUGGCGGCUGCUUCUAACAACCACCCCCACCCUGGCCAACAGCCCGGCUUUCCGCUACGACCUUCUAGAUGUCACUCGCCAGGCAGUCCAGGAGCUGGUCAGCUUGUACUAUGAGGAGAUGAGGACUGCAUUUCUCAAGAAGGAGCUGAUUUACGUGCUCAGGGCUGGGGGAAUCCUGGCCUAUGAGCUGCUGCCUGCCCUGGAUGAGGUGCUGGCCAGUGACCGGCGCUUCCUGCUGGGCAGCUGGCUGGAGCAGGCCAGAGAGGCAGCAGUCAGUGAGGCCGAGGCCCACUUUUUUGAGCUGAAUAGCCGCUACCAGCUGACCCUUUGGGGACCAGAGGGCAAUAUCCUAGACUAUGCCAACAAGCAGUUGGCAGGACUGGUGGCUGAUUACUACACCCCCCGCUGGCAGCUGUUCAUCGCGAUGUUGGCCAAGAGCCUGUCUGAAGGUGUUCCCUUCCAGCAGCAUCAGUUUGAUGAGGAUGUCUUCCAACUGGAGAAGGCCUUCAUCUUCAGCACGAAGAGAUACCCCAGCCAACCACAAGGUGACACUGUGGACUUGGUCAAGAAACUCUUCCUCAAAUAUUAUCCCCACAGGAUGACUGGUUCCCGGUGA